AGGCGCCCAGGCUCCUGUUGAAGCUCUCCUUCUCCUUCCCUCCCCUCCGUUUUGUUAUCAUCACAUGGCAGGGGGGCGGGCUCCGCUGGUCCAGGCUGCGGGUGGGAGGCGGGCAGAAGGCGCUGGAAAGUUUGGCGGAACGUCUGGAGUUGGCUGUGCAGCCGGGAGCCUUGCCCGUGGAUUUAGGGAUGGAGGGGGGUCGCCAAGCACCGUGAGCGUGGGGGAGGCUGAACGCCGCCUUCCACCCUCCCACUCCGCCCGCAGGACUUGUGUGCUGAGCGCUUGGGGAGCUCCGGCCAUGGGCUCCUCCGCGCACCAGUUGCUGCCGCCGCCGCCGCCGCCGUUACUACUACUUUACUGCAGCCUCUUUUUCUUGGGGCUGCUGCCUGAGAGUUGGGCCGGAGGGUGCCCGACUCCGUGCCGCUGCAUGGGGGAACUCUUGGACUGCAGCCGCCUCAAGCUGAGCCGAGUGCCAGAACCGCUCCCGGACUGGAUAGCGCAGUUAGAUCUAAGCCACAAUAGAUUGUCUUCAAUCAACCCUGGUUCUUUAAGUCACCUUCAUAACCUGCGAGAAAUAAAACUGAACAGUAAUGAAUUAGAAGCCAUUCCAAAUCUGGGACCCAUUUCAGCAAACCUUACUCUUCUUUCUUUGACAAGUAACAAGAUUGCUGACAUCGUGCCUGAACACCUGCAGCCAUUUCAGUGCCUAGAAACUUUGGAUCUGAGCAACAACAACAUUUCUGUGCUCAGGAUGGAAUCAUUUCCUCCCCUUGCAAUCAAAUACUUGCACAUUAACAAUAAUCGCAUAACCUCCCUAGAACCAGGCACUUUUGACAACUUGUCUAGCACACUUCAAGUAUUGAAGCUAAACAGGAACCGAAUUUCAGCCAUCCCACAAAAGAUGUUUAAACUAUCCCAUCUCCAUAAUCUAGAGAUGAACCGUAACAAAAUUAGAAAAAUAGAUGGGCUUACGUUUCAAGGACUCCCUUCUUUGAAAUCUUUAGGAAUACAGAGAAAUGGGUUAUCUAGGCUCAUGGAUGGAGCUUUCUGGGGAUUAAGUAACAUGGAAAUACUGCACCUGGAUCAUAACAAUUUAGCAGAGAUUACCAAAGGUUGGCUUUAUGGCUUGCUGAUGUUGCAGGAGCUCCAUCUUAGCCAAAAUGCUAUCAGUAGGAUCAGCCCUGAUGCCUGGGAGUUUUGCCAAAAACUCCGUGAGCUUGACUUAACUUACAAUCAUUUGGCAAGAUUAGAGGAUUCAAGUUUUGUUGGUUUAAGCCUACUGGUGCGGCUCAACAUUGGUAACAACAAAGUGAGCUACAUUGCUGAUUGUGCUUUCCGGGGACUAUCCAGUUUACAAACCUUGGAUCUUAAAAACAAUGAAAUUUCAUGGACAAUUGAAGAUAUGAAUGGUGCUUUCUCUGGACUUGACAAACUUAGAUGGCUGCUUCUCCAAGGAAACAGAAUUAGGUCAAUUACCAAGAAAGCAUUUUCUGGCUUGGAUGCACUUGAACACCUAGAUCUAAGUAACAAUGCAAUAAUGUCAGUACAAGGAAACACAUUUUCACAAAUGAAGAAACUUAAAGAACUGUACCUAAACACAUCAAGCCUUUUGUGUGAUUGCCAGCUAAAAUGGCUGCCAGAAUGGCUGGUAGACAAUAACUUUCAGACUUUUGUAAAUGCCACUUGUGCCCACCCUCAGAUACUAAAAGGAAGAAAUAUUUUUGCUGUCAGCCUAGAAGGUUUUGUGUGUGAUGAUUUUCCAAAGCCACAGAUAACAGUCCAACCUGAAACCCAAUCAGCAAUCAAAGGCUCUAAUUUGAGUUUUAUAUGUUCAGCUGCUAGCAGCAGUGAUUCCCCAAUGACUUUUGCGUGGAAGAAGGACAAUGAAUUGUUGCCUGAUGCCGAAAUGGAGAAUUAUGCACAUCUCAGGGCACAAGGCGGUGAAGUGAUGGAAUACACCACGAUUCUUAGGCUACGCAAUGUUGAAUUCAGCAAUGAAGGGAAAUACCAGUGUGUUAUUUCAAAUCACUUUGGCUCUUCCUACUCUGUCAAAGCUAAACUUACAGUGAACAUGCUUCCUUCAUUUACCAAAAUGCCCAUGGACCUUACCAUUCGUGCAGGAGCAACAGCUCGACUAGAAUGUGCUGCUGUAGGUCACCCUGUGCCCCAGAUUGCAUGGCAGAAAGAUGGUGGCACUGAUUUCCCUGCAGCACGCAAGAGACGCAUGCAUGUGAUGCCUGAGGAUGAUGUGUUCUUUAUUGUGGAUGUCGAAAUUGAAGACACUGGCGUUUACAGCUGCACAGCUCAAAAUACUGCUGGGAGUAUUUCAGCUAAUGCAACGCUAACAGUAUUAGAAACACCCUCGUUUUUGAGGCCUUUGUUGGACCGAACUGUGACAAAAGGUGAAACUGCAGUCUUGCAGUGUAUCGCUGGUGGUAGCCCUCCACCUCGACUUAACUGGACCAAAGAUGACAGCACUUUAGCGGUGACAGAGAGGCAUUUCUUUGCUGCUGCAAAUCAGUUGCUUAUCAUUGUGGACACAGACUUUGAGGAUGCUGGAAAGUACACAUGUGAAAUGUCCAAUACUCUUGGAACGGAGAGAGGCAACAUUCGCCUUAAUGUAAUUCCCACACCUACUUGUGAUUCUCCUCCGAAUGCUGCUCCAUCUUUGGAUGAGGAUGGAUGGGCCACAGUGGGCGUUGUGAUCAUAGCUGUGGUAUGCUGUGUGGUGGGCACUUCCCUUGUGUGGGUGGUCAUCAUAUACCACACAAGAAGAAGAAAUGAAGAUUGCAGCAUCACAAACACAGAUGAGACAAACCUGCCUGCUGACAUUCCAAGUUAUCUGUCAUCCCAAGGGACUCUAGCUGAAAGACAAGAUGGAUAUGGGUCAUCAGAGAAUGGAAGCCAACAUCAUUUUGUGUCGUCGUCAUCAUCUGUGGGAGGAUAUUUCUUGCAACAAAGAGAUAGCAAUGGAAUUUGUCAUAUAGAUACUUGUAGUGAAAAUGACCUGGAAGCUGUAACGGAUCCAUUUUUAUGCCAUUAUCUGGGAACUUCAGGAAGUAUAUAUUUGAAAGGGAAUAUAUGUAACCCAGAUAUGUUUGAAGUAUACCCAGGCUGCAGCUCAGAACAAAGAACAGCUUGCGUGGACCUUUACGAUUCCAACUGCGUAAAGAAAAAGGAAUGUUACCCACAUCCCCACCCAUCUGAGGAUCCUUUUGACCAAUAUAUCAGCAUUUCUGCAAUGCACAUGCCAAGUAGUAAAUUGCUUCCCUCCAAUUGCACUCAAAGUGAAGAAAGAGGAAGAAGAAAAAGCUUGCAUCUAGACUUGGACCCGUGUGAUUAUAAAAGGAAUCAGGAACUGUGCUCUGUUAAUACAAGUAGCACUUUUAUGGGAACAUUUGGAAAACCUAUAUGGAGACACCAGCUUGAUUCCUUCACAAGCGGCAGACAGCCAUCAGUCUGGCAGCCAAAAGCUUCCCAAAGUUAUCCUUGUGAAUCAUUUGACUUUGAUUCAGAGUCUGAGGCGGAUAAUAGAACGUGCAGGACAUUUCCUGAAGGGGACAAUAGCACCUGUAUUUACAGACAGGCCAUUGAAAGUUUUAGGACUCCUACUUUUCACUUUUCUGACUUGGAUACAUAGCUGCUUUUAGUUCAGCUGAUUUAUGAACCAAAGAAUAUACUACCUCAACGUGGACAUUUUAUUUAAAAAAUAAAAGGAAAAAAAUACUGGUGGUUUUUUUUUUUUAAAUGGAGAUAUGACUCAAUAAAAGAAAUACAUUUUAUAUGGACACAGUUUUAUUGCCAAAACAUUAUACAAUUUUAUGCAGAUUAUACAUUCCUUAUAGUUUUAAUGUCUAAUUAUUUUUAGGGUUGUUUUUUUAACCAAAUGAUACCUUUUUGUAAAGCAAUGGUGUGAAUAACUAUGCAUUAUUAAGAUAGACUUCAUUUUAUUGACAUGGGUGUUUGUGUUCUAAUAUCCACACAUGUACAUUAUUGUUUCUAGUGUGUUUUUGAAAUGGACAUUCCAUGUUACAAGCAGGCAACAUGAUUGUCUUUGCACAUCACACUUUUCAAUAAAUUGGGCUGCCUUGUGCUUUUAAAGCACUGUAAUAAAUCAAGAAUGCAGCUGGGUUCAUGUUCAGAGAAAUGGAAAAAAACUGAUUGUGUAGGGUUUUUUUUUCCUAUUCUACCCAUUUGUUUGCAGCAGAUUAUCAAAUAUGUGCUCAAGAACACGUACAGGUCAACUCCUCAUUGUUGAUAUCAUUAUCUAUUACUUUUUAUUACACAAUCUUACCAGUGUUGAUUAUGGUUCUCCAGGGCCAAGUUAGAGACAGGGCCUCACAUUAUCCACAGAGAAACUCCAAAAGGCACAAGGGAUGCCCAUGCGGCUUCAUGACUCUCCAAGGCUCAUCAGCACUAUUGCAGGGGCUGGCUGCCCCAUGCCUACUAAGCACUGUGCAAUUGCAGCAGUGAUGCUAUUCUCAUUAUUUCCAGUUGUGCCCACCACUGCCCAAGCACUAACAUGCUUUGCUGUGCAGCAGCAUUGGAGCCUCUCUCACCAGUUGAGGUUUUUUUGCAGAGGACGUUAGCCAGGAUUUCUUAGUCACAACACUUUGCAAUCCUGCCAGCACAUACUUGUAGUGGCUGCAAUCCAGCAAGUCCAAAUUGAAAGCAGAGCUUUGUAUAUACAAGGACUUAUUAAAUAUAAGAAUACUACAGUCAUAUGUAGCGUUUAUCUGUAUGUAUGAGUCUUGAGAUCAUGCCUCAUUUGAAUAAUUGGCUGCACAGCUGAACAAAUGUACAUAGGCAUAACAUUUUCUUAGACAUUCCUCUAGCUCAGUGGUUCUUC